CGCGGCUUCGCCCUCCACCGCCAAGACGUCCGCGAACGGAGAGUCGUGCAGCCUCUCGCGCAACUGGAUGAGCUCGUUCAGGCCACGCAGAUUGAGGCUGUGAGUUCUAGGUUUUGGCCGAGGUUUGUUGGAUUAGGCGGUGUUUGGACGGUGGAGUUCUGUUUCCGUAACUGCAAUCUGAAAGGAGUGGUUGACGAUUAGUGUGGUUUCGAUCCUCUAGGUGAAGAGCUGAGCUUGAAGUCUGUGUUUUUGUCGUUAGAAGAGUGGAGGAAGCUGAGAAUAUUGGUGGUGGUUGGUGAUUCAUAGUCAGUAAAGCACUAUGCACUUCAGAGGGUGUAGAACCGAUAUGCAAGACAUGCGAAACUGCUAUGAUACCCUACUCUCUGCAGCUGCAGCGACUGCAAACAGUGCUUAUGAAUUCUCAGAAUCAUUGAAAGAACUGGGGGGUUGUCUUCUUGAGAAAACUGCAUUGAAUGAGGAUGAAGAAAGUGGUAAAGUUUUGCUAAAGCUGGGAAAGGUGCAAUAUGAACUUCAGAAACUUGUAGAUAGCUAUCGCUCUCAUAUUUUCCAGACAAUUGUAACACCAUCAGAGUCUCUUCUUAAGGAGCUUCGGACGGUUGAGGAGAUGAAGCGACAAUGUGAUGAAAAAAGAGACGUAUAUGAAUACAUGAUAACAAGACAAAGAGAAAAAGGGAGGUCAAGAAGCGGGAGAGGUGAAACUUUUUCUUCACACCAGGUGCAAGCGGCUUGUGAUGAAUAUGAUGAGGAGGCAACCUUAUUUGUUUUCCGUUUGAAAUCUUUGAAGCAAGGACAAUCCCGUAGCCUUCUUACACAGGCUUCUAGGCACCAUGCUGCUCAGUUGUCUUUCUUCAGAAAGGCUCUCAAGUCUCUUGAGGUAAUUGAGCCGCAUGUAAAAUUGGUCACAGAACAGCAACAUAUUGAUUACAAGUUCAGUGGACUAGAAGAUGAUGAUUGGGAUGAUGGGGAAGAUGAUGACGACUAUGAUGGGCAUGAUGGGGACUUAAGUUUUGACUAUGGACAAAUUGAUCAUGAACAGGAUUUUGUUUCUACAGCGAGAAACUCAAUGGAGUUGGAUCAGGAGGAUCUUACAUUUCCUCAAGUUGCAACAAUGGAUUCUGUGAAGUUGCAGGAAAAUCUAGACAAAAGCUAUGUGGAUUCUUUUGCUAUUAAUAGUGAAAGCAGGAAAAUCAGCCAAUCUGCCCCACUUUUUGCUGAGAAGAAAUUUGAUUCUGCACGGAUGAGAGAAAUGCGGCCUCUGUCAACACGCAAGCUUCGGACCUAUGUACUACCCACACCAGAUGAUACAAAGAGUUCAGCUCCUACAAGAUCAGAUAGUCCGGAUUCUCGCCCAAUACCCACAAGUUUGAGUGGGCGUCCUCACAAUUUGUGGCAUUCUUCCCCCUUGGAACCAAAGUAUGAAAAGAUUUUGGGAGAUGACAAAGUUUUUGAAUCUACUGCCAUGAAUGCACAGUCAGUACUCAAAGAGAGCAAUACUAAUCAUGCGUCUAGUGGACUACCCCCUCCUUUGGUUGAUGGGCUUCCAUUUCGGAUGAUAAAUUCAAGUGUUGUUUCUGAUACUAAGAAGGUCAAAAGAUACGCUUUUUCUGGUCCAUUGACAAGGAACCCAUGGUCAACCAAGCCUGGUUUGUCUGCCAGUGAUCCUUUGGUCUCAGUGACACAACCCCAAUUGUUUUCUGGACCUCUUUUGCGGAGUCAAAUGCCGCAUCUAUCAUCAUCAUCAUCACCUCCAAGAGUAUCUCCAAUUGCUUCUCCCUUUUUGUCAUCACCCAAAAUAAAUGAGCUUCAUGAGCUUCCUAGGCCCCCUUCCAGUUUGACCUUGAAACCUUCAAGACCUUCAAGUUUGAUAGGUCAUUCUGCCCCCUUGGUUGCCAGUGGUCCCAACCUUUCUGCUACAAAUAAAUUGGUGGUGUCAAGUACAGCAUCUCGGUUGCCAUUACCUCUGCAAGCUGUUCCUCGCAGUUUCUCCACCCCCUCAAGUGGUCAGAAACUGAAGAUACCACGUGUUUCUGGACCAUCAGAAGCUCCUCAGAAUUCAGAGAUGGCUGAAAAUGUCACUUCACCACCUCUAACACCAAUUUCUUUAUCAAACAUCCAGCCGGCAUCAACUUCUUCUGUCAAUGAUACUAGUCAACUUGGAGGUAAUUUUGAAAUACAAUGCUUUCAUCCUCCCCUUUUGUUGUAUUAAUUGCUGAGUGCUAAAACAUGGAUCUUAUGGGCCUAGGCUUUGAUAAUCAACAUAAUUCUUGUCAAGUUUGGGUUACUUCAUGGAAAAUUGAAUUAUUUCAUGCAAAAUUUUCAAUAGUCCAGUAAGGAAAUCAACAGGAUAAAUUUCUAAAUGAAGUUCAUGAUGGAAAA